AUGCCCGGCCCGGCCGCCGGCAGCAGGGCCCGGGUCUACGCCGAGGUCAACAGCCUGAGGAGCCGCGACUACUGGGACUAUGAGGCGCACGUUCCCAGCUGGGGUAAUCAGGACGAUUAUCAACUAGUUCGGAAACUGGGCCGGGGAAAGUACAGCGAAGUCUUUGAGGCGAUCAACAUCACCAAUAACGAGAGGGUGGUUGUGAAGAUUCUCAAGCCAGUGAAGAAAAAGAAGAUAAAACGGGAGGUAAAGAUUCUGGAGAACCUACGCGGUGGAACCAACAUCAUUAAGCUGAUUGACACAGUGAAGGAUCCUGUGUCAAAGACCCCCGCUUUGGUGUUUGAAUACAUCAACAAUACAGAUUUUAAGCAACUCUACCAGAUCCUGACAGACUUCGAUAUCCGGUUUUAUAUGUAUGAACUGCUAAAGGCCCUGGAUUACUGUCACAGCAUGGGGAUCAUGCACAGAGACGUCAAACCCCACAACGUCAUGAUAGAUCACCAACAGAAAAAGUUGCGACUCAUAGACUGGGGACUGGCAGAGUUCUAUCAUCCUGCUCAGGAAUACAAUGUCCGUGUGGCCUCUAGAUACUUCAAAGGACCAGAGCUCCUCGUGGACUAUCAGAUGUAUGAUUACAGCUUGGACAUGUGGAGUUUAGGCUGUAUGUUAGCCAGCAUGAUCUUCCGGAAGGAACCCUUCUUUCACGGUCAAGACAACUACGACCAGCUUGUCCGCAUUGCCAAGGUCCUGGGCACAGAUGAGCUAUAUGGGUAUCUGAAGAAGUAUCACAUAGACCUGGACCCACACUUCAAUGAUAUCCUGGGACAACAUUCACGGAAGCGCUGGGAAAAUUUUAUCCACAGUGAAAAUAGACACCUCGUCAGCCCCGAGGCCCUGGACCUUCUGGACAAACUUCUGCGUUACGACCAUCAACAGAGGCUGACUGCCAAAGAGGCUAUGGAACACCCAUAUUUCUAUCCAGUGGUGAAGGAGCAGUCCCAGCCCAGCUCAGACAAUGCUGUGCUCUCCAGUGGUCUGACAGCAGCUCGAUGAAGACUGGAAAACGACGGGUUCUACUCUCUCUUCAAAAUGGAUCGUUCCUAGUCCAGCUGGAUUUCUUCCAACGGACACUCUAGCACAUACGUACUCUGGGCUCAAAGCAAACGGUUGGCGGGAGUCUGAGAAGGAAAGCAAUCAAACUUCUCAACCUACACUCGGGUUAAGUGUGAAGGGGUUAGAGAGGAUAAACUAGAAAAGAUUUGGGGGCUUGAGGGAAAGGGCGAGGGAGGUUAAGGGAGGGGGAAAAUGAGAAUAGGGUAGUGUGUAGUGCAGCUAAGGAGAGACGAGGCAAGCAGAAUCAAUACACAAAUGAGGAAUUGUAAAAGCCAAGAGGUAGAGGAAUUCUUUGACGGAUGCCAGAGAGAGUUGUUCUGGAAGGGCCUUGAGAGGGGGAAGAUGGUAUUAGGUUCUAGCAGGAGAAACUUCCUGAAAGGGAGAUCAUAAGGGAUAGGGACAUUGUCCUUUUUAGAUUCCCCCAACCAAAAUUGGAAAACGCAAUAGAAAAAGUGGAAUACGGGGACUGACUUGAACUAGCCCCAGAGGACUAGUUGAGAGAAGUCUUCCAAACUUAAAACCGUGCAUACUCAGGGAAGCAUUUUAUGUUUUCUAAUAUGCUCCAUGAAUCGGGACGGGCUAGCUUGGAUGCUGGAAUCUGUCUCCAGGGACAACAGUAGAAUACUUGGGUAAAGUCUAGGGCCUCUUAGGACACUUCCAAAGAGGCAUCGAGAUGAUGGGGUGCCAGGUCUGCCACAUCCGUUGUAGAAGCAGAGGUCUUACGAUGCUGCCAUAAAAGAAGUCCCCGCUACAGAAAGGAACGGCAGGUAGCUCACUGGGUUGGAGUUAUUUGAACGCGCCCCUUGUUGCUAAAGUCCAUCGAGGAGAACGGCAACCGAGAUGCAGAGCGAAACCGCAGGAUACUGCCCGUUGCCUCGGAACGUGAUCUCGGGGUGGAACCGAAGUCCACCUUAAAAGGCUGAGAUCCGGUAGAAAGACUUCGAUGAGAAGCUAGGAGUCGAGGGAGCGAAUGGGAAACCGUGUGUCUUAAGUCUCCAGAGAUGAGGAUAGAAUAAACCUUUUUAAGCUCUGUGGAUUGGUUUCGGGAAACAAAAGCUCAACCCCUUUGAAGUGGGAACCGGAAGAAGUGGCAACCUGUUGUGGAACGGCACACACAUUGCCUGACUUUGAUGGGAGACUCAAUAAAGAGUGCUUCAAGCAUAAUUCUUGACCCUGAACUGUAUUUAUUAGGAUUGUAAAGAGAACCUUUUUUUUCUACCGGACCAACGAAGUAACAGCUUUCUCCUGCUGACCGUUCCGGCCGAAGGCGGAAUAUUAGGGAUUGGGACUGAAACCCAGAGCCUGGCAGGAAAGCCCGGAUGAUACCUUCGUAAGGAAUCACGGAGCCUUCCACCUCCUACCCGUUGGCCGGAAAGCAACACCGUCUGGAGCGUGAGCCUUAACAAAUGACUACUUGAGACGCAGUGGGCCACCUGUCUUUGUAUCACUGGAUGACUCGAUGACUGAUGUAUGAUGUAUGCUGCUGCCCUCAGAGGAAAGACAAAUGCCAUGUUAAACCUUAUCUGUUUUCAUAAAUAAAAUUUAAAAAAAAAAACAAAACAA